AUGGCCGAAUUCCGAGCUAUACUCCAGAAGACCAUCGACACCUUCGUGGAAAACAACACGCAGGCUAUCAAAAAGCAGGAUGAAGCCCUUUUAUCCGCCAUUCUGACCGACGAUUGCGUCCGCAAGUACCACCCACGAUCAUUCGUGAAACGCUACUCGCAAUUCUUGAAGCCCCAACUCACCAACGCCGAGUACGAGGCGCAGAUCAAGAAUGAGCUCGGCACUAUGAAGGAUAUCGAGCAGAAGAUAACCAACACAAUUAUUGACACUGAGGCACGCACUGCCGUCCUCUUCAGUGAGCAGACCAUCACCACGGCUAACGGCGGCACCAGCGUCGUGGAGGUACUCUGGUGUCUUACCUUUACGGAGGAUGGAAGCCGUGUAGCUCAAGUGUUGGAGUACGUGGACACAUCCAGGAAGGGCGAUCUAAACAUUACCAAUGCCCCGACGUAUGGCUACAGAUCGAUACUGGAGCCCAAAUGGCUUCUCCAGUUGAGGUUUGUAACUGGGGCAAGAGAUAUCAUUUCAAGUGGCUAUCAACAGUUUAAAGAUGUGCCUUUCAUCCUACGCCGCUUUGACACUGAUUACAACAUCCUACCAGCACGAUAUCUCUCUGAGAUAGCUGCCAUUUCACCUUCAAUUCUUAGUGGAGUCUUUGCCACUGCCGAUAAUAUGCUUUACGAAUGGACCGACCUCCACUUUCUUCAUUAUUCAAACCUUCAUGUUCAAGUCAUGAAGAGAGAGCUAUCUCCAGAAUUAUCUAAAUACCUCGAGUGGGCGGCCGAAGAAGUCAAUUAUGCAUGGCAUAUAGAUGUUCCCGAGGCCGAUGACUGGGUUGAAGUUGAUAUCCAGGAAGUUGUGCGUAAACUGGUUGCACGCAUGUCUGCGAGAAUCUUCCUCGGACAGUCUGCAGCCCGUGAUGAGGACUGGAUCAACGUGUCAGUCGAUUUUACUAUCGAUGCAUUCACUACUGCCUUCGUCCUCAGGAUGGUCCCCAUAUGGAUGAGGCCCCUUGUUGCCCGCUUCCUUCCAGCUCGAUACAGGCUGAAGAAGUACCGUGACAAGGCCGCCGAGAUUGUGAGGGUAAGAAUAGAUAAACAUGCCAACAUGCGCCGUAUACCAAAGUUUGGAGAGGAGACAGAGCAAACACUGAUGGAUUGGAUGAUCGAUCAUGCUUCCCCAAAGGAGGGCGAGCUUCAUGAGAUGGCACAUCGGCAACUCAUCCUGACACUUGCUAGCAUCCAUACAACUUCCACCAAUACGGUCAUUUUUCUCUAUGAGCUCUGCAAGCAUCCUGAGUGGACCUCUAUUUUAAGGAGAUUGAAGAAGUAA